AUGGGAGCCGCAACAGGCAACAGCGCUCUUGCCGGAUCCCCGAACCAGCACACCCCGAAGCCAUCCUCGACCUCAAACCAGCCGCGACAACAGCAGCGACGGCAACAGCCCACGCCGAAUCACUACCAGGCCAACGGCCUAUCCACAAGUGCUGCGGAUGUGACAAUGGCGACUCAAGCUCCGCGUUCGAACGGCAUACAUACCCAUUUGGGCGGCCCGGAGCUGAGCAAGAUGCAACGACCGAGAUCACCCUUGACUCUCAAUCAGCGAUCUAAUACCCACACUGGUCACGAGACUCCCGAUGCGCGCCCGUCAAGUGCACCCGGAGAUAAUCACAAGCAGGAUAUGGGGCCUGGGGGCUUUGCGCACCAUCGCAACCCUGGACAAGGCAGCAACGGACAGCCGAGGCGACAGCAGCCCAAACCGCUGCUCCUCCGUACAAGGAGCGAGUUUGGCGUUCGACCAAACGAUUCUGACCAGUCAGAUGAGGAAAUACCGCAAUGGGGCGCGAGGCAUGGCUUCGACGAGCUCUACGAAUCGCAGCAAUUUAUGGACAAGCUGGCCAACAACUGGUACAUGUACUGGACCGACAAGCGCCACGAGUCGACGGGAAAACAACUCCAGAGCCAGUACGAAACACUCGCAAUCCGGACGCGGUACAAGCAAUAUCUGGAUCCGUCGGUUGAAGAGACCAAAAAGUUCUGUGUGUCCUUGCGGAGGAACGCCAAAGAUGAGCGAGUUCUCCUCCACUACAACGGACACGGCGUACCCAAACCAACCGCAAGCGGAGAGAUCUGGGUCUUUAAUAAGAAUUACACCCAGUACAUCCCCGUCUCGUUGUAUGAUCUGCAGCAUUGGCUGCAGGCGCCGACCAUCUUCGUUUGGGAUUGCUCUGAAGCGGGCAAUAUCCUCAACAACUACCACCGCUUUGUUGAGAAGCACGAACAAGAAGAAGAUGAGCAGGCUGCUCGGGACUCCAAUUACGAGAAGACGGCUUUUCAGCCAUACAUUCACCUCGCUGCCUGCGGUGUCAAAGAAAACCUACCUACCAAUCCUCUCCUCCCUGCCGAUCUCUUCACGGCUUGCCUUACAACACCAAUCGAAAUGGCUCUGUGGUUCUUUGUGCUGCAAAACCCCUUGAAGACCAACUGCACACCCGAGCAGGCGAAAAAGCUACCGGGUAGACUCCAAGAGCGUAGAACGCCUCUAGGAGAGUUGAACUGGAUCUUCACAGCCAUCACGGAUACAAUUGCAUGGACAACCCUACCUCGACAUCUUUUUAGGAAGUUUUUCCGACAAGACCUCAUGGUAGCAGCUCUGUUCAGGAACUUCCUGCUCGCACAGAGAGUCAUGUCCGUCUACGGCUGCCAUCCCCAGUCAUUCCCCGAGCUUCCGGAUACCAAGCAGCACCCGCUCUGGGCAAGUUGGGAUCUUGCUGUCGACAUGGCGCUGGCACAGCUUCCCAUGCUACAAAAGAAAGAGAACGAUGGCAUCGAAUACGAGUAUCAAAACUCGACAUUUUUCACAGAGCAGUUGACAGCCUUCGAGGUUUACCUCGCAAGAGGUGAUGCCAUGUCACAGAAGCCCCCGGAGCAGCUGCCCGUUGUCCUGCAGGUCUUGCUUAGCCAGCAACACAGGGUUCGGGCAUUGAUCCUUUUGGGCAGCUUUCUCGAUCUCGGCCCUUGGUCAGUGCAGUUGGCCUUGAGCAUCGGCAUCUUCCCAUACGUUCUGAAGCUGCUGCAGUCGGCUGCAGCCGAGCUAAAGCCUGUCAUGGUCUUCAUUUGGACCAGGAUUCUCGCAGUCGACAUCUCCUGCCAGCAGGAUCUCAUCAAGGAUAACGGCUACAACUAUUUUGCCGCUAUUCUGAAGCCUACCGAAGCCCUUCCUGUCUCGAACAGCGACGAGCACAAGGCGAUGUGCGCCUUCAUUCUUGCUAUGCUGUGCAGGGGCUACAAGCCUGGUCAACAUGUCUGCAAUCAGACAGAUAUCAUGACAUACUGUCUUGCCCAUCUACAGCACCAGGACAACCCCCUACUUCGGCAAUGGGCUUGUCUCUGCCUUAGCCAGCUGUGGAAUGACCUCCCGGAGGCGAAGUGGCGGGGCAUCAGAGAGAACGCCCCGAGUCAGCUCUCCGUUCUUACCAAAGACCGCUGUCCCGAGGUCAGGGCUGCAAUGUUGCAUGCCAUGACCACAUUCAUCGGCAUCAUCGAUCUAACGGACGAGGUUGCGCGGGUCGAAGAAUCCAUCGCCUGGACGCUACUGGAUAUGGCGAACGACGGAAGUCCAAUGGUUCGCCGUGAGUUCCUUGUCUUCUUGUCUCACUUUAUCCUUCGCUUCGAAAGCAAGUUCAUUGUCGCUGCUGUAGAGCAGCUCCAAGAAGAAAAGGAAUACCUUCUAUUUCCGCCAGAAAUCGACGGCUUGGAGAACAAGAUGGGUCUGCAUUACACCAGGCAGGAGAACCGCAACGUUGAUGGAACCAUCAAGCCUUCAGCACAUGGAUUUGCACACAACACUGUCUUUGCCGCUUGUUGGAAGCAUGCUCUUAUGCUCAACGUCGAUCCUCACCCUGAGGUCCAGCGCGAUGCUACCACCAUUGUUGACUACAUGCACAACGCGUUGCUCGCGUCUCCUGUCGGUGAGCAUGCCCAAGCAUUGAUGGACGACAUUCGAAGAAGGGCAAAGCGCGCUUCUGCCAGUAGCCAGCACGCUGCUAAUAAUAGGCAUGGCGUUCUCGGUGCAUCACCAUCGUCCACAAACGCUCCACUGCCGUCCCCAGGGCUCCUGCGUAGGACCGCGAGCUACCUGUUCACCGGUAUGUUUGGAGCGAACGGAGCUAUGGAGCCCGGAAGAACCAUGAACCAAAGCAACCCCGUCCCUUCUUCGCCUGGUCUCCCUCGGAGUGCCUCUCAAAAGUUCCGAGGGCCUGAGCUGGCUUCCGCUCCUCCAGACCAGAUCGAUCAGACCAACUACUCCAAAUACCACACAGCCAACGAGCCCGUAUCCGGCGGCUACGAAGAGCGCAGCAUGAAGGAAGUUCCGUCGCUCCCUCUUCGCAGCACCUUCCUAGAUUGGUCUGUGGAAUACUUCCGUGAGCCUCAAAUGAAGCCGAGUGAGUCAGAUGAGCCAGGAAGUACAGAGUACAACGAGCGCCUUUGGAGAAGGUCUCGCAACGAGACGAUUCUCCAAGACACCCAGCCUCUGAAGCAAUAUGCCGGCAGCCACAAGUGGGACAAUCAGGUUCGACUGAUCAAUAAUGGCGCCCAACCUGCCAAGAUGACUUUCCAUCAAUUCGAAGACCAGCUUGCGGUGGCAGAUAACGGCAACACCGUGUAUGUCUGGGAUUGGAAGAAGCAGUCACGUCUCAGCAAGUUCUCCAACGGCAACCCCGAGGGCUCCAAGAUCAGCGACAUGAAGUUCAUUAAUGAGGAUGAUCAAGGUUUCCUCAUGACGGGAUCCUCUGAUGGUGUCAUCAGAGUGUACCGAAAUUACGAUUCAGACGAGCAGGUCGAACUGGCGUCGUCCUGGCGCGCCCUUACGCACAUGGUACCCAGUACUGUAAACUCAGGCAUGGUGUUUGACUGGCAACAGGCGACUGGUCACGUGCUGGUAGCUGGUGAUGUUCGCGUCAUUCGAGUGUGGUCGGCGGCCUCAGAGACGUGUGUCAUGGACAUACCUGCCAGAUCCGGCUCGUGUGUCACCUCCCUGACGUCUGAUCAAAUGACUGGCACAACACUUGUGGCCGGAUUCGGUGAUGGCGCGGUCCGCGUAUUUGAUACCCGUCUCAAGGUCCAAGAGUCGAUGGUGAAGAAGUGGAAGGACGACACGGACAGGCAAUGGAUCAAGAGUGUCCACAUGCAACGUGGAGGCCAGAGAGAGCUCAUCAGCGCUAGCCGCAACGGCAAGGUAAAGCUAUGGGACAUACGCAUGGACAAGCCCCUUCACACAUUCCAAACGACGAAGGACCCACGAGAUACUGUGCGCACGGCCAGUACUCAUGAGCAUUUGCCCGUGUUUGCUGUCCCGACGUGUCCAGGUCUUCAACUUUGA